ACGGGUGCCGGCAUCUAUAUUGCCACCAACGAUUUUAUUUUUUUCUCUUCUUUAACAAUAAAUUAUCACUUCAAACCUUAUGUAGUAACUUGUUCUGAUGUCUAGCAACAUGCCUGAUUUUUUUAAGCACGAAAAAAUCAAAAACUAUUCAUUUUUGAGCCAUUUUUGUGUUAACAACUCUCGAUUUAUAGCAGCCACAGCAAAUUUCCCGUAAAGUCAUUGAAAUACAGUCUUUUUGCUUAAGUUUUCAAUGCAUAUGAAUUGUUUAGGACCUGUUGAGUCUGAUCAUGAGUUUUAUUAGUUGUUUUUGUUGAAUCUAACAUCAAAAAUUCAAUUACAAAAAGAUAAUUUUCACCAUCAAGUGUUUUCCGCUAGACGGGCAGGUGGCAUCUAUAUUGCCACCAACAUUUUACGCUAACCGGGCAGGUGGCAACUAUAUUGCCACCAACAUCUAACACUAGCCCUUUUACGGGCAGGUGGCAGCUAUAUUGCCACCAACAUUUUACGCUAACCGGGCAGGUGGCAUCUAUAUUGCCACCAACUUUUUCAAUGUUUCAAACUGUUUGCGUAUUGAAAAUUAUUGUUAGUGUAUUUUAGCGUGUAAACAUGUUGUUUUUUUCCAGUGUUUUUGUUUUUGUUUAUAUUUCACCGGAGUAAACAUAAAACUGAUAAUUCGUAGAAACAAUUCACAAUUUUCGAAAUACCAGCAAAACACAUUUCGAAUACAUUUCAAACUAUCAAAUGGGUAAGUUUUAGUAUACAAUUUCAAUAUGUGUAACCUGCUGUGAUCACGUAAUGGAAAAUAACGGUUCUCUGUGUUGAACCAUUUUUUCAUUACGAUAUAACUUUAGGUUACACAUUUCAGCUGAAGCUAUGUCGAGUGACAAUGAAUCGGAUGAUGACCUCGAAAAAGAGUUGGAGGAGAUUUGUGGAUUUUCUCCUGAUGUAUCUGAGGAUGGUUUUGAAACAGAUGCGGAAUCGUUUGCCGGCAACAAUUCGGAUGUAUCCAUAAUCGAUAUUCUUGUGGCAAGUGACAAUUCUGAUGACUAUGAUAAGGACAGUGAAACUGAACGGAAUACAUCUGAAAAAGAAUUGUGCGUCUCUGGUCUCCGUAACCAACCGAACGAAUUAGAGGAGACUUUUGGACUGUCCGAUAAUCUCGAUACGUCUGAGGACGAGCUGGAAGAUGAUUCAGAAGCACUAAAAAGCCGCAAAUCGCUUCCAGUUUUCCUCGAUAAGCUUUCGCUAAGAAAAAAUGAUCAUGCUAAAGACGUCAGGAUGGAAAAAAAUGCCUCGACAAAUGAACCACAACCGGCUUCUUCCGGUCUCCAGAACCGGAAGCUAACUACUGAAGCUGCAUCCGAAAAAUGUAACAUAGACACAGACACAGCGAACGACGAUCAACCGGAUGAUGAUUGUUCUGAGAUGGACCAAUCAGACGAAGAAGAAAAUGACUGGAAAAAAACUGAUUGGCCUCAGCAACCCAACGCGAACAAUUUUGAUAAUGUUCGUUUGCAAGCCUCGGAUAAUUUUCCGCAUAACACGAAACCGUCGGUUUAUUUUGCAAAAUUUUUCGACGACAGUGUAAUAGAACUGUUGGUUACACAAACAAACAUGUACGCAGCUCAACAGAAAAGUCGAAGUUGGGAGCCGGUGUCUCAAGAUCUAAUGAAAGCUUUUCUUGGAAUUACAAUAUUGAUGGGACUAAAGCCACUGCCUGCUGUUGAGCUGUAUUGGUCCACUGACCCCUUCUUCUGGACGGAAGAGAUCGCUGCUAUUAUGCCGUGCAAACGAUUUAAGAAAAUUAUGGAGAACCUACAUCUGAAUGACAACAGCGCGAUGCCUUCGAGGAAUUCCGAUCAAUUUGACAAGUUGUUCAAGGUUCGCCCACUUCUUAACUUAUUGAACUCUGCAUGCCAGAAUGCUGCAAAAUGCACAUCAUCGCAGUCGAUUGAUGAAGCAAUGAUUCAAUUCAAAGGCCGAUCAUCAAUGAAACAGUAUAUGCCACUCAAGCCGGUGAAAAGAGGAUAUAAGGUCUGGGUCAGGGCCGACAGCGAAACAGGAUACGUAUUCCAAUUCGACAUUUAUUCCGGUAAACGUGACAAUAAAGCACCAACUGUCGGUCUGGGGGCACAAGUAGUAAAGCAGUUGACCAAGCAACUAAUCCAAAAUGGUUUUCAAGGUCAUUUCAGUUUUGACAGAUUUUUUACCUCCUACGAAAUAGUACAAUAUCUAUUUGAUCACGGAAUUCACGUAACAGCUACAGUCAACUGUAACAGAUCAGAUCUUCCAGUUUUGAUCAAACAACACAAGUCACAAUCGAAAAUGCGUAAGCAUUUCAGGAGAGGUCAAUAUAAGUGGCGUGUGAAGAAAAACGUCGCUUUUAUAAUGUGGCAAGACGUCAAAAUGGUUACACUAUUGACUACAGCAUUUCAUCCACUUACCGAAAAAGCCACAUGUGAAAGAACGCAACAUGAUGGUACCACUAAAACCCUUCCAUGUCCAAAAGCUAUUGUGGAGUACAUAAAUAGGAUGGGAGGUGUUGACCGUUUCGAUCAAAAGAGAAAAAGCUAUGAGGUCGGAAGAAAAAGCAAGAAGUGGUGGAUGCGAAUUUUCUAUUUCUGCAUAAAUUUGGCUAUCACAAAUGCACAUUUGUUGUACUCUUCUAAUAGUCGCAUCCGAAACCCUAUGUUGCAGUUGCAGUUCAGGUUGAAGCUGGCACGGGAUCUCGUAGGUGAUUACACAUGCCGAAAACGAAGUCUACAAGCCGAGCCGAAAUAUGCUACAAAGAAACCCAAAAUGUCAUCAAACUACCAGAAAGAACGAGUUCCAGACAACCUACGCCUUACGGAUGUUGGAAGUCAUCAGUUGGAGCAGCUACCAGAAUACCGCCGCUGCCGCUUGUGCAGUACGAAAACUAGGAAUAAGAGAUCUAAAAUACAAUGCACUAAGUGUAAGGUAACGCUCUGUGCAACACCGUGUUUCAGAUUGUUCCACGAAGAGCAGAGUCUUUCAUAAAGUGCAAACAGUGGCAAAAUUAUUGUCAUGCUUCAAACUGUUUUUUUUAUAAAAAUAAACAAAGGUGUAAUAACUUAAUUUUUUUUAGUUUAGGAUUUUCCACUAAUGAUGGAUCGCCAAAAAUUGAGCUGACCUGACCCUUUUCCUCCUCUUCGAAACGUUUUUUUCUAUAUUAAAUGCAUUUAAAAAAUCGUAUCAUCAUGGUCCCUCUCUCCCCAUUCAGUGUUACCUAAUCUAUAAAUUAAGCCCUUAAGUAUAGUUCGUGUUACAUGAAGUAUGUCACGUAUAUUACCAACAAUUAUCCCCUGCUCGUCACGCGUUUUGUAUGGAACUCAAUAUUUAUUGUACGUAUCAUCACAACUUACAAUUGGGUGAUUGGUUGGAGCUUCACUAGAAGUGGCAUCUAUAUUGCCACCAACAUUUUACGCUAGCCGGGCAGGUGGCAUCUAUAUUGCCACCAACAUUUUACGCUAGCCGGGCAGUGGCAACUAUAUUGCCACCAACAUUUUGCGCUAGCCGGGCAGUGGCAGCUAUAUUGCCACCAAUUUUUUCAACUGUUUCAAUAGUUAAAAUUUUUUUUAAUGUUGAUAUGUGUUAUUCCUCAUGUAAGGAUUAUGUUCUCUGAAGCUGGAGUCGAUUCGUUAGCUAGUUUCCACGGCCCGUUAAA